CAGUUUUUAGCUGAAGGAACUUCUUCUUCUUCUGAUUCUCUCGUAAAGUUCAUGGCACCCUUUUAACGGCGCCGGCUUCAAAUUGCUACCAAAACCCUUCCAAUGGCUACUAUUGCUUUCCCAUUCAUUCAUGGCGUUUCCCACCAUAUCCCUCUUCGUCUUCCACUCGUUGCUCAGUCGACCACUCUCCAUUUCCGACAUUCUCGUCUUACCUUACGUCUCCGCCGUUGCUUCGCUGUUUUCACCAACAAUUCGCGUUAUAGGCUUUACUGCUCCUCCACAUCAGUAUCUUCAGAUUUGAACAAAUAUGUUGAGGACAUGAGAGAAAAUUAUGAUGUUAUUGUGGUUGGAGGAGGACAUGCUGGCUGUGAAGCUGCUUUAGCAUCUUCUCGUAUAGGAGCAAAAACACUUCUUCUCACCUUAAAUAUCGACCGCAUUGCUUGGCAGCCAUGCAAUCCUGCAGUUGGUGGUCCUGCAAAGUCUCAGCUGGUGCAUGAGGUGGAUGCACUUGGUGGUGAAAUCGGAAAAGUUGCUGACAGGUGUUAUUUGCAAAAACGAAUCCUCAACAUUUCUAGAGGUCCAGCUGUUAGGGCGUUACGGGCACAAACAGACAAGAGAGAGUAUGCUAUGCAAAUGAGAAGCAUCUUGGAAAGUGCCCCAAACCUUUCAAUUAGAGAAGCCAUGGUGACAGAUAUUUUACUGGGAAAGAAUGACAAUGUAGAAGGCGUCUGCACAUUUUUUGGAAUGAACUUUUAUGCUCCGUCUGUUAUUCUCACUACUGGUACUUUUAUGAGUGGGAAAAUCUGGGUUGGAAGAACUUCUUUGCCAGCGGGAAGAGCUGGUGAAUCAGCUUCACAUGGUCUAACAGAAAAUUUGCAGCGGCUCGGAUUUGAAACAGACCGAUUAAAAACUGGCACACCAGCUCGUGUUGAUAGCCGCACUGUUGACUUUUCUGGUUUGGAACCUCAGCACGGAGAUGAAGAGGUUAACUGGUUCAGUUUUGAUCCUGACUAUCAUAUUGAGCGAGAACAAAUGUGCUGUUAUCUUACAAGAACUACAGCGAGAACUCACCAGAUAAUCAAUGAGAACUUGCAUGAAACCCCUACAUAUGGAGGAUGGGUUGAAGCUAAGGGACCUAGGUAUUGCCCCUCCAUUGAAGACAAGAUUGUGCGAUUUAAGGAUAAAGAAUCUCAUCAAAUAUUUCUUGAACCAGAAGGAAGAACUGUACCUGAACUAUAUGUACAGGGUUUUUCAACUGGUCUACCUGAGAGACUGCAAUUACCAUUAUUGAGAACUUUACCUGGACUGGAAAAUUGUGCAAUGCUGAGGCCUGCUUAUGCUGUUGAGUAUGAUUAUUUGCCAGCUCAUCAGUGCUCUAGGUCCCUCAUGACCAAGACAAUUGAAGGUCUAUUCUUCUCUGGUCAAAUUAAUGGAACAACAGGUUAUGAGGAAGCUGCUGCUCAGGGAAUUUUAUCUGGAAUUAAUGCGGCAAGACAUUCAGAUGGAAAAGCCUUAAUUGUCCUUGAGAGGGAAAGCAGCUAUAUAGGAACUCUAAUAGAUGAUCUUGUCACAAAAGAUCUGAGAGAACCAUACCGCAUGUUAACCAGUCGCUCAGAACAUCGGUUACUGCUACGGUCUGAUAAUGCUGAUAGCCGACUCACUCCUUUGGGCCGUGAAAUUGGCUUGAUAGAUGACAGGCGAUGGGAAUUAUAUCAAGAUAAGCAAUCUCGCAUUUCAGAGGAGAAAAGAAGAUUAAAAACUGUCAGGGUAUCAGGUGUAGAUUUAUCAGCUGAAGUUACUGAAUUAUCUGGGCAGCCAGUGAAGGUGUCAUCAACGCUAGAAAGUCUGCUCAAGAAACCACAUAUAACCUAUAAAAUUCUGGAUAAGCAUGGCUUCGGUCAGGGGCUUCUCUCCAGAAUGGAGAAGGAAUGUGUGGAGAUUGAUAUCAAAUACGAGGGCUUCAUUAUACGUCAGCAAAGUCAGCUACAACAGAUGAUUCACAAGCAGCACAGACCACUUCCAGAGGAUUUGAAUUACAAUGAGAUGAUAACAUUAUCACUUGAAGCACGUGAAAAAUUAUCAAAGGUUAGACCGCAAACCAUUGGUCAAGCUAGCAGAGUUGGUGGAGUAAGCCCAGCAGAUGUUACAGCUCUUCUUAUCAUCUUAGAAAAUAACAGAAGGAAGGAUCAACAACAAAAGAAGCAUCAAAUGGCUGUACCCAUGACGGUCGAUCCCAAUGAAACACUUUCCUAAGAACACAUUCAAGCCAAUAGAAGUUGCAGCUGGUUUUGUUUGGGCAAUCUUUGCGACAAACCUAAUAACUAGAACUAAUGAGCGGGAGAGAACAUUUAGUGAUGCAGGUAGGACGCCAUGAAUGAAGAGAAUUGUUGAAACCAAAGGAAAUCCUAGAUACUAAACUACUACUGCCUUGUGCAAUGUGGUUUAUCUUUCUUAAUGUAAGAACAUAAAGUUUGUAUAUCAUAUUUAUAUUAUAUAUUAACUAGAACUACCCUUGAUUUCA